AGGCCAGAGGAGAGAGAGAGAGAGAGAGAGAGAGAGAGAGAGAGAGAAGGAGAGAGAGAGAGAGAAAGAGAGAGCAGGCCAAGGAGGGAACCGUUUGAGUUUCCGUUUUUUCAGUUAUUAUAUGAAACUUCAUCCACAGCAAUGGUGUCGGACCAAGAAAUAGCAAGCGGUGUGGAGUCGGUGCUCCGUCAAUCUGAUCCUCGAGUUGUUACCUCCCUCAGCGGCGUCGUUCAACAGUUGGAGGCAAAGCUAGGGUUAAACCUCUCCCACAAGGCGGGCUUCAUCAGAGACCAGAUCGAUCUCCUUCUCCGAUCACAAGCCCAGCAGCAAGUGCCCAAGGACCAUUUUGCCCUUCAACAUCAACCUCAAUAUCAGAACAGCCAUCCCCAAAUCCCUCACCAUUUCGCCCUUCCCAUCCACCGCCCCGAGGAGCUCAACUUCCGAACCGCUCAGCCGCCGGCUCAGCCACAGCCACAGCCACAGCCACAGCACCUGCCGGCGACCAAGGCCGAGGCUUAUGUUCAGAAUGUCGCUGCCCCACCUGCUCCCGAAGUGCCCAAAGAAAGUGCUCCAACUGGAACCAAAAGAAGAGGUGGCCCGGGGGGACUCAACAAAGUUUGUGGUGUUUCACCUGAGUUACAGGCCAUCGUUGGUGAGCCUGCCCUGCCAAGGACCCAGAUUGUGAAGCAAUUAUGGGCUUACAUAAGGAAAAACAAUCUCCAAGAUCCAAGCAAUAAAAGAAAGAUAAUUUGCAAUGAUGAGCUGCGUUUGGUUUUUGAAACAGACUCUACUGACAUGUUCAAGAUGAAUAAACUGCUAGCCAAGCAUAUUAUCCCUCUUGAACCCACAAAGUCAAGUCGAGAUUCUAAGAGGGCAAAGUUAGAGGUGGAGCCUGUAAUUCAGAGUGCUGACCCGGGUGCAUCUUCUGUGAUAAUAUCUGAUGGACUUGCCAAAUUUUUUGGCACUGCAGAAAGGGAAAUGCUUCGAUCGGAAGCUAUAACACGUGUCUGGGAGUACAUUAAAGUUAACCAGCUGGAGGACCCCUUAAAUCCGAUGGUGAUACUUUGUGACUCAAAGCUUCAAGAACUUUUUGGAGGUGAAAGCAUUUCCGCAUUGGGGAUAUCAGAGAUGCUGACCCGCCAUUUCUUUAUGCGAUCAUAAUGCCCUGUACUGUUGACUGGUGUAAAGCGUCAAUGCCAACUAGUCAGUUCUGACACUGUAGCAGAAACUUAUUUAAAAGAUACCAUUUUGUUUUUUUGUGCUGUGGUUGGUUAGAUGUUAUGUUCUUCAGACUCAUUUAUGAGCAAGAUGAAAGUGUAUUCGGCCAAUGGUGAAGAAUAUGUUGUAGUUAACUUAACGCCAUGGUUCUUGGAUUCAGGUUUUCUUACUGAGAAUGUCAGGGUACAGUUCCUUUAUUACCUAUUUCUAACCACCUAAAAGCUGGAAAAGAGAAGGUAACAGGAAAACUUUUGGGGAUUAAUUAGAGCUUGAUACUUACAUCGACUGAAUGUUUAGUAUUGACUACAUGAUCAUGUGUUAUUGCCUGCAGAAUUGUAGCAAAUUUUUUUAUCAUAGAAA